AUGGUGUCCAAGACGCGGCGGCAGCGGCAGCGGCGGAAGGAGGUGCUCGAGACAAACGGCGGUGUUCUGCCGCCCGUUGUGCCCGCCGAGCCCAAGUCGGUGCACCUCAAGAAGACGCGGCCGCGGAUGAAGAGCAAGAUGAAGAUACGACUCGGCCACGAGUGUCCUGUUGACAUCUACGAAGCGUUUGAGGAGCGCAAGGGUGUCCUGUGGCGCUGCCCCAGCUGCGAGAAGGAGUGCCGCGUGGUGGGGUUCUGCGUCGACUGCGCUAGCGGCACUAAGUCGCGGGUCCACAAGGGUGUUCUCAUGUCGCGCCACGCGACGGCAAAGAAGGCAGCGACACGAGUGACCUCAACGGUGAAGAAAACGAAGAAGUUGAAGCUGAAAAAGAAGAAGUGA